AGGGCGGGCUUUGCAUCCAGAGUUAAAUAGUAGACAAUUGUGAAUAAUUGGAUGAAAAAAACGUUAAAAUAAGUAAAUAGGGGUUUUAAAAGUGAAUUUGGAUGAAUCGCGGAGAGAACCGAGGAUCUGUGUGGGAUUUUUGUGGAGAUGGAGGACAGCAGUGAGCAGAUGAGACCGCUCCUCCUCACAGCCGGUAACGAUGACGAGGCGGUGCUGGACCGGGGAAAAACCAGCUCCACCCUCUACACAAACUUUGAGAGGGAAGAACUGGAGAGUCACAGGGCGGUCUAUAUUGGCGUUCACGUCCCUUUGGGCCGUGAGACCCGCCGGCGGCAUCGUCACAAAGGACACAGACACCACCGGAGGCGGCAGGAUCGGUCAGACCGGGAGGACGGGCGAGAGUCUCCGUCUUACGACACGCCGUCUCAGAGGGUCCAGUUCAUCCUCGGGACGGAGGACGACGAUGAGGAGCACAUCCCCCAUGACCUGUUCACAGAGUUGGACGAGUUGGCUUUUAAGGACGGAGACUUUCAGGAGUGGAAGGAGACCGCCAGGUGGCUGAAGUUCGAGGAGGACGUGGAGGACGGAGGAGAGCGGUGGAGUAAACCCUACGUGGCCACGCUGUCGCUGCACAGCCUGUUUGAGCUGCGCUCCUGCAUCCUGAACGGCACCGUGCUGCUCGACAUGAAGGCCAGCAGCAUCGAGGAGAUCGCAGACAUGGUGAUUGACUCCAUGGUGUUGUCGGGGCAGCUGGAGGAGGAGGUUCGUGAGAAGGUGAAGGAGGCCAUGCUGCGUCGGCACCACCACCAGAACGAGAUGAAGCUCAGUAACCGCAUCCCGCUGGUCCGCUCCUUUGCUGACAUGGGCAAAAAGUACUCCGACCCCCACCUACUGGAGCGCAACGGUCUGCUGGCAUCACCUCAGUCUGCUCCAGGAAACCUGGACCACAGUAAACACAGCGAGACUCGAAUCAACGCCGGCAUCGGCAGCAGCCAGGAAAACAGCACCAUGGACUUCAGCAAGGUGGAUAUGAACUUCAUGAAGAAGAUUCCUCCUGGAGCUGAGACAUCCAAUGUACUGGUGGGAGAGGUUGACUUCUUGCAGCGACCAGUCAUUGCCUUUGUGCGACUUUCCCCUGCUGUGCUGCUGACCGGCCUCACGGAGGUCCCCGUACCCACAAGGUUCCUGUUCCUUCUUCUGGGUCCAUUUGGAAAAGGUCCACAGUACCAUGAGAUAGGACGCUCCAUCGCCACUCUGAUGACAGACGAGAUUUUCCAUGAUGUCGCUUACAAAGCGAAGGACAGGAAGGACUUGCUGUCCGGGAUUGACGAGUUCCUGGAUCAGGUGACAGUGCUACCUCCGGGGGAGUGGGACCCCAGCAUUCGCAUUGAGCCCCCCAAAAAUGUCCCGUCUCAGGAGAAGAGGAAGAUUCCGCCGAUCCCUAAUGGCACAACCAGUGGCACAGAUGGUACCAAGAAGGUGGUGCAUGACACUGGACCAGAGCUGCAGAGAACAGGGAGGAUAUUCGGCGGUUUGGUGAACGACGUGCGGCGGAAAGCUCCCUUCUAUUGGAGUGACAUCAGAGACUCCCUCACUCUUCAGUGUUUGGCGUCUGUCCUCUUCCUGUACUGCGCCUGCAUGUCGCCCGUCAUCACGUUCGGGGGACUACUGGGAGAAGCUACCAAGAACAACAUCAGCGCCAUAGAGUCUCUGUUCGGGGCGUCCAUGACAGGCAUGGUCUACUCCCUGUUUGGCGGUCAGCCGCUCACCAUUCUGGGCAGCACCGGCCCGAUUCUGGUUUUUGAGACAAUCCUCUUCAACUUCUGCUGUAACUACGGGCUGGCCUAUCUGCCCCUGCGGACCAGCAUUGGCCUAUGGACCGCCUUCCUCUGCCUGGUGCUGGUGGCCACAGAUGCCAGUUCUCUCGUCUGCUACAUCACCCGCUUUACAGAGGAGGCCUUCGCUGCCCUCAUCUGCAUGAUCUUCAUUUAUGAAGCCCUGGAGAAGGUGAUCCACCUGUGGGAGGUCUACCCCAUCAACAUGAACAAUGACCUGGACAACCUCACCUUCUACAGGUGUCAGUGUUCUCCACCAGCCAACUUCUCAGCUGAAGCUCUCCACACGUUUAACGACAGCAGCUUCAGCACCAGAAACAUUUCGUGGGAGCAGCUGAGCGUUAAGGAGUGUCAGCGUUUCCACGGUGACUUUGUCGGCCCAGGCUGCGGCCACCAUGGUCCUUUUAUCCCUGAUGUCCUCUUCUGGUCCGUCAUCCUCUUUUUCGCCACCUUCUUCAUCGCCACCUCCCUCAAACAGUUCAAGACCAAGAGAUUCUUCCCCACUAAGGUUCGAGCGGUAAUCAGCGAUUUUGCCGUCUUCCUGACCGUCACGACCAUGGUGUUGGUGGACUAUCUGUUGGGUGUUCCCUCACCCAAACUACGUGUCCCCGACCGCUUUGAGCCAACAUCAAAGCAUCGAGGCUGGUUCAUCUCCCCUGUGGGUCAGAACCCCUGGUGGACGCUGCUGGCUGCUGCUAUUCCUGCUCUGCUCUCCACCAUCCUGAUCUUCAUGGACCAGCAGAUCACCGCCGUCAUCGUCAACCGCAAAGAGAACAAACUCAAGAAGGGCUGUGGCUAUCACUUGGACCUGCUGGUGGUGUCGGUGAUGCUGGGCGUGUGCUCCAUCAUGGGCCUGCCCUGGUUUGUGGCAGCGACUGUGCUCUCCAUUACCCAUGUCAACAGUCUGAAGCUGGAGUCGGGGUCCGCAGCACCCGGUGAUCAGCCAAAGUUCCUGGGCAUCAGAGAACAGAGAGUCACCGGCUUCAUGAUCUUCGCCUUGAUGGGCUCCUCGGUCUUCAUGACCUCCAUACUGAAGUUCGUCCCCAUGCCCGUUCUGUACGGCGUCUUCCUCUACAUGGGUGUGUCCGCACUCAGGGGCAUCCAGAUGUUCGACCGCAUCACGCUGUUUGGCAUGCCAGCCAAACACCAGCCAGACCUGAUCUACCUACGCUACGUCCCGCUGUGGAAGGUCCAUAUCUUCACCGUGGUCCAGCUGAGCUGCCUGAUCCUCCUCUGGGUCAUAAAGUUUUCACCCGCUGCCAUCAUCUUCCCCAUUAUGGUGCUGGCUCUGGUGUUCGUCCGGAAGCUUCUGGACUUCUGCUUCACCAAGAAAGAGCUGAGCUGGCUGGAUGACCUGAUUCCAGAGAGCAAGAAGAAGAAAGCUGACGACAAAAAGAAGAAGGAGGAUGCUCAGCAGGUGAUCGAGGAAGUGGAUGAAGAACCAGCUUUUGGUAGAGGAACCAUCAUCAAGAUCCCGAUCAAAGGCCGCAAAGGAUCCGUGGACCCCUCAGAGUUCAACAUCACAGAUGAAGUGGCCAAAAGUGGCAUCUGGAAGUCAGUCUCCAUGAAGACCGAUGGCAGCAAAGGUCUGAAACGCAGCAUCAGCCAUGAUGAGUUUCCUCCAAACAUCGAGAUAACCGUCAACGACGAGGAGCGCGACAAGCUGGUCAGCACGGAAACGUCGCUAUGAUCCACGUGCUGCUCCACCACCAGGCGGCACUGUCCAGGCCAGGAGGGCGGGGCUGCCAUUACCGUGGUGAUGAUGUUGCUUUUUCCUGUCUUCUUUGGACCAAUCAGGAGUGGCCUUGCUGUGCUGUACUCUCAGGAACGUCAACGUUUAUUUUUUCAUUGUUGUAUAGUGAAACACAGAAAAAUGUUUAUUUUAACUCCAACUGAAUGCUGCCGUGCUCUGAUUUGCCCCACAAACUCAGGUGGCCUUUUUUUUUCUUUUUAAACACUGAUUUGAAAAUCACUGGUUUUAAAGUUUUCGCUUCCUGCUUUCAAAAAGCACAUGAGCACUUUUUGUUCUCUGGAAGUCCAAACUCACAGCAGGAGGAAGUUUUAAUUUGAUCCAGUGCGCUGAUUUGAGGGGUGUGUGUGUGUGUGUGUGUGUGUGUGUGUGUGUGUGGUGUGUGUGUGUGUGUGUGUGUGUGUGUGUGGUGUGUGUGUGUGUGUGUGUGUGUGUGUGUGUGUGUGUGUGUGUGUGUGUGUGUGUGUGUAUGAGGGUGAGUGCAUGUACGUGCACUGCUGUACGUCACCUUGUUGUCCGGAUUUACUGAAUGAUGUCACAGUUUCUCUUUCCAGCUGAAAUAAUGAAUAAUUAAACUCAUUACGUCAGU